AUGACUGCGACACCGAAUCAGCAGCCUUCCAGCAGCAGCCACAGCAACACGCUAUCUCCUCCCACACUACAGGUCGACACCAGGCAACGGUCGCACAGCAAUGCCGACACCGUAGUCUCUAGCGCCUCCAACCCUUUCCUGACUCCCGCCGUCACCAGCGCCGCAACCAGCGCCAUCACCCCCAGCAUACACUCGACCGUCCUCGAAGAUCCCAAAGUCGCCCUGCGCCCCGACCCUGGCACCGAGGCCGACUUCCACGUCGACGAUAACCCUUACGCUUUCUCCCCCGGUCAGCUCAACAAGCUUCUCAAUCCUAAGUCGCUGUCCGCCUUCAAGGCUCUGGGUGGCCUACGGGGAAUCAUCCGUGGUCUGCAGACGGAUGCCCAUGCCGGUCUGUCCGUCGACGAGACAUCGGCCACCAGACGAAUCUCCUUCGACGAGGCCAUUCGCCCCGACACGCCAGAUGUGGAUAAGUCAAAACAGUCGUUGCCUCCAGCGGCCGCUCCGGCGGAUGCUGUUCUCCACUCGGAUCGUAUCCGCGUCUACAAGGCCAACGUUCUGCCUCCCAAGAAGGCCACGUCCUUCCUGAGGCUCGUCUGGGCUGCCUACAAUGACAUGGUACUCAUCGUCCUGAGUGUAGCCGCCGCCAUCUCCCUCGCACUGGGUCUGUAUGAGACUCUCGGGAGAGAUCAUGAGCCUGGUACACCCAUGCCUGUCGACUGGGUCGAGGGUGUCGCCAUCUUUGUCGCCAUCGUCAUCGUCACCGUUGUCGGAUCCGUCAACGAUUGGCAAAAGGAGCGCGCUUUUGUCAAGCUCAACGCCAAGAAGGAUGAGCGUGACGUCAAGGUUAUUCGCUCCGGAAAGUCCGAAAUGAUGAGCGUCCACGACAUUCUCGUUGGUGACGUUCUCCACCUCGAGCCUGGAGACCUGGUCCCUGUCGACGGUAUUCUCAUCGAGGGUCACGACCUCAAGUGCGACGAGUCCUCGGCUACCGGUGAGUCGGAUGCCCUCAAGAAGACGGGCGGUGAUAUCGUCAUGCAAGCCCUCGAGUCCGGCCAGGGCAGGGGCGAUCUCGACCCCUUCAUCAUUUCGGGCGCCAAAGUUCUUGAGGGUAUGGGUACGUACGUUGCUACGUCUGUUGGAACCAACUCCAGCUUUGGCAAGAUCAUGAUGUCCGUCCGCACUGAGAUGAACCCCACGCCCCUGCAGAAGAAGCUCGAGGGGUUGGCCCUGGCCAUCGCCAAGCUCGGCAUGGCUGCUGCCUCCCUCCUCUUCUUCGUCCUGCUCUUCCGCUUCCUCGCCGACCUGUCCGACAACAACGACAGCCCGGCCGAGAAGGCCUCCACCUUCACCGAUAUCCUCAUCGUUGCCAUUACCGUCGUCGUCGUCGCCGUCCCUGAAGGCCUGCCCUUGGCCGUCACGCUCGCCCUGGCCUUUGCUACCACCCGCAUGCUCCGCGAGAACAACCUUGUCCGUGUCCUCCGUGCUUGUGAAACCAUGGGAAACGCCACCACUAUCUGCUCCGACAAGACGGGAACACUCACAACCAACAAGAUGACGGUCGUUGCUGGCACUUUUGGUGCCACGAGCUUCUCUAGGGCCGACUCCGAGAAGCCUAUCGAGACCACCAUAUCCCAGUGGGCUGCCAACCUCAAGGACGUUACUAAGCAGGCCAUCAUCCAGUCCAUCGCUAUCAACUCCACUGCCUUCGAGGGUAAGGAGGACGGCAAGCUUGUCUUUAUCGGUUCUAAGACGGAGACUGCUCUGCUUUCCAUGGCCCGCGAGUCGCUCGGUAUGGCCAACCUGGCUGAGGUCCGCAGCAACGAGGAGAUUGCCCACCUCUACCCCUUUGACUCCAAGAAGAAGUGUAUGGGUGCCGUCAUCAAGCUCAAGAAGGACGGCGGCUACCGCCUCCUGGUCAAGGGCGCCUCGGAGAUCUUGCUCAGGUACUGUUCGGCUCAGGCCGACCUGGACACCCUCGCCGAGAUGCCCCUCGACAAGCCCCAGCGCAAGGCCCUCCGCGCCACCAUCGACUCGUACGCUAGCAACUCGCUCCGCACCAUCGGCCUUGUCUAUAAGGACUACCCCUCGUGGCCUCCGGCCCACGCCGAGGUCGAGGACGGCGAGGCUGACUUCUCCUCCCUCCUGCACGACCUCACCUUCUUUGGCCUCGUCGGUAUCCAGGACCCCGUCCGCCCCGGUGUUCCCGAGGCCGUCGCCAAGGCCAAGCACGCCGGUGUCAUGACGCGCAUGGUUACCGGUGAUAACAUUGUGACGGCCCGUGCCAUUGCCACCGAGUGCGGCAUCUAUACCGAGGGUGGCGUCGUCAUGGAGGGCCCCGAGUUCCGCAAGAUGACCGAGGCUCAGUUCCUCGAGACGCUGCCUAAGCUCCAGGUCCUCGCUCGCUCCUCGCCCGAGGACAAGCGCAUCCUGGUCACCAAGCUGAAGGAGAUGGGCGAGACUGUUGCCGUCACCGGUGACGGUACCAACGAUGCUCCCGCCCUCAAGGCUGCCGAUGUCGGGUUCUCUAUGGGCAUCUCUGGAACCGAGGUGGCCAAGGAGGCCUCGGCUAUUGUCCUCAUGGACGACAACUUCACUUCCAUCAUCACUGCUCUCAAGUGGGGACGUGCUGUUAACGAUGCCGUCCAGAAGUUCCUUCAGUUCCAAAUCACGGUCAACAUCACUGCCGUCAUCAUCGCCUUCGUCUCCGCCGUCUCAUCUGACUCCAUGGAGUCAGUCCUCACGGCCGUGCAGCUCUUGUGGAUCAACCUCAUCAUGGAUACGUUCGCUGCCCUGGCCCUGGCCACCGACCCGCCGACAGAGAAGAUCUUAGACCGCCCUCCUCAGGGCAAGAAGACUCCCCUCAUCACGACUAACAUGUGGAAGAUGAUAAUCGGCCAGAGCAUAUUCCAGCUUGUGGUGACGCUCAUCUUGUACUUUGCCGGACCAGAGAUUCUCAGCUACGACCGCGAUGACGAUGACAAGAUGCUGGAGCUCGACACUAUCAUCUUCAACAUGUUUGUGUGGAUGCAAAUCUUCAACCAGUUCAACAACCGCCGCCUGGACAACAAGCUCAACAUCCUCGAGGGUGUCCACCGUAACUUCUUCUUCAUGGGUAUAAGCGUUCUCAUGGUUGGCCUGCAGGUGUGCAUCGUCUACGUCGGCUCGCGCGCCUUCAGCAUCAAGUCUGGUGGUCUCGACGGCACCCAGUGGGCCAUUUCGGUCGUCACUGCUCUCAUGUGCUGGCCGUGGGCUAUUCUCAUCCGACUUUUCCCUGACCAGUGGUUCCACGCCAUUGCCACGUUUGUCGGCACGCCAUUUGUCAUCGUCUACCGCGCCCUCGGAAAGGCCUGGUCCGCCACUUUCGGUCGCAUGUUCCGGGCCAUGAAGCCCAAGAAGAACAAGAAGGCCGACGAUGGCGGCGAGAGCAACGCCUCCAAUGACGACGAUGAGAAUGCCGAUCGCGACAGCGACGAGACUGUUGGCGAAAACAGCCGCCACGUCACCAGCAGCGGCAGCGGCCAGGUGCCCCAGCUUCACAUCGAGACUGUGGCCCCUGCUACGGAGAAUGAGAAAGCUGACGACUCGGCUCUCAGCCCUGCCAUUCCGUCCAUCGUGGCUCCUGACGACGAGCAGUCGCUGUCCCCAGAGUCGCCUAUGGGCACUAAGAGUCAACCCGUCCCCUUUCCGUCGCCUCCGCGGGUAGAAAUUACCGAUGACUCUGAUCAUGCGAAAUCUCCGAAGUCGUAA